AUGACCAACAAAAUAUCGGUCGGCGACGCGCUUGUGGUGCAGGCAACUUCGAGGACUGAUCUGGAGACGACGCUGGACCAGGCGUUGGCGCUGCUACGUAGAGCUCUCAAGACCUCGCAGGGCGUGGAACAGGACGAUGCACUGCAGUGCAAGGCGGCGCAGGUAGCUGCGUUGGCUGCGCAAGUGCAACGCCAGUGUGCAGAUACUGCUUUUAAGCAGUUCAAUCCACUGCAGCCAAGCCAAGAUGCUAACGAGAGCUGGAGCAGUUUCACCAAGCAGCAGGACGCAACCCCGCAGCCCUCAGUAUGGUCCGGGUUCUACAACAAGACGCUACGUGAACGCUUCGAUGUGCUGGCGCUUAUGUACCCGCGCCUCAAGACACUCAAGGCACAGCAGCUCCUGGGAGGCACUGACGCGCUCGGCGAGCUACCGCUGCGCACGGCCAACCUCAUGAUCGAGAACUGCGUCGGCGUGUUGGGCGUCCCACUCGGUCUUGGCCUCAACUUCGUUAUCGAUGGCAAGAGCCUGUCCGUGCCCAUGGCCGUGGAAGAGCCCUCGGUCGUGGCAGCGGCCUCCAGUGCGGCUAAACUUGUGGCAGCUGCUGGCGGUGGCUUCCACACGGCGACAUCCGGCAACAUCAUGACGUCACAGAUCCAGCUCGUGGGUACCGAGGACAUCGCGGCGGCGAUCGCAUCUAUUAAAUGCAACCGUGAACGACUACUGUCAAUUGCCAACACGACACUCUGCCCGAAUAUGAAGAAACGUGGCGGCGGUGCUGUCGAUAUCUACUGCCGCAUUGUCAGCCAGGCCACCCGUACCGCUGCAACUGCUGCUGCUGCCAGUUCCUGGUACACUCCAUGCGACGACGAGCUCGUGGUGAAUGCCUCUGAAUCGCAGACGCAGUUCCUGGUCGUGCACAUCGAUGUCGACGUGUGCGAAGCCAUGGGUGCCAACAUUGUCAAUACCGUGGCGGAAGGUCUGUCUGAAGAAGUUUCCAAGAUUACGCGCAGUCGUGUGGGGCUACGCAUUCUCACUAAUCUCUGCAUGCAGCGCCGUGCUCGCGCUGAGUUCGAGAUCCCACUCAAGAAGCUCGGCUGGAAGGGCGUGGAUGGCGAAGACGUGGCAAACCGCAUUAUUGAGGCGUACAACUUCGCUGCGAUCGACCCAUACCGCGCUGUGACUAACAACAAGGGAAUCAUGAAUGGCGUGGACGCUGUUGCUUUGGCUACUGGACAGGAUUGGCGCGCCAUUGAGUCGGCUGCACACUGUUACGCGAGUCGCUCGGGCCAGUAUGCCUCGCUUUCGCACUAUGAAAAUGGAGUUGCUCGUGAUGGUUCCGGAACGCGCGUGCUGCGUGGAAGCCUGGAAAUGCCGAUCGCGGUUGGGUCCAAGGGUGGUGCAUUAAUGACUCACCCUGGGUACACCGCCACUCACGCAAUUCUGCAGCAGCCGACGGCGCGCAAUUUGAGUGGCAUAAUUGUGAGUGUUGGAUUGGCCCAGAACUUCGCAGCAAUUCGUGCGAUUGCAGUAACGGGUAUUCAAAAGGGCCACAUGGCUCUCCACGCACGAAACAUCGCUAUUGCUGCUGGUGCGCCUAGCGAACUUGUGUCUGAGGUUUGCAGCUACAUGCUUCUGCGAAAGUCGAUCAACAUGGGAACGGCCAAGGAGUAUCUGCAUGCUCACGCGGUGUUCUCUGAGAUCCAGAGCAAUUCCCCGCCGAUUUCUCCUGUCUCAGUGACGCUACCAUCAAUGUUCUACGUGGAAAUUCCGAUUCCCGAGCUGGAGGACACUAUCAGCCUAAACAUUGCCUUUGAGGCCAUCAAUAAGCACCCGCAGUACAUCGCCAUCAUGGCACCGAGCAAGAGUGACAAGACGCUCACGACGCUACAGCGGCAAUUACUGGGCGAUAAAGGCUACAACCAGCUCGAAAAGAUGUUCAUGUUUCUGGCUUCCAUGCGCUCCAUUGUCAUCUCCGCCUCGAGAUCAGAAAGCGAUCUGCUGCUGUCGCGCUCGAACGUUGGACUGCAAAACAAGCUGCAGCUGCUCUCCAUUCUCAUCAACAUCAUUGCAUAUCGUCUCAUGGAGGUCCGUCCCGACAAGGUUCGUACGUUCAUGCGUCAACUCCUUGAGGCAAGUGGUGGAUCUGCCAAUGUAGUCAACGACGGCGAUAUGCACGAGUUAGACGCCAAGUUCUUCCACGAUCUCAUGGUGGAAAAUGUUGAUCCUGAUGACGACAUUCUGUCCACGGGUUUGCCGCUGUUCCUGGCCCUGUGGCAAGUGCUGCACUACCACAUUGAACAGGAGGUGCCGCACAAGUUACUCCGUACUCGUCUCGUCAAGGAACAGUGGGGAUUGCUGAACGACAUCGUCAGGAGUUACGAGCUCGGCAAUUAUGCUACGACUGCCACUGCGCAAACGUUAGACAAAAUUUUUUUGGCCUAUGUUGCAGUUCAGGCUACGCGUUGGCAAGCGACGUUGCUGCUGUUGAUCGACUCGUUGGCUUUGGCCUCCGAGCUGGUGACACCGGAGAGGUUGGACUUCCUCACCCGCAUUGGUGAGUACAUGGAGUGGGAAGGCUCCAUCGCACACGACCUGGCACGCUAUCAGCGCGACGCUACUGAACGUGUGCCUAACGCCUUUCUCUUCUGGCUAUCUCAGCGCGGGAUUUCUCACACAGACGGUGAGCAAUACGAGCGUGAAUUCCGUGGCGUGGCUAACGCUUUAGCUGCCGAGAAGUGGGAUCAGCUACUGCAGGAGGCACGACGGGACUCGUGGGCUGCAGCUACCUUCUCAUUGCCGGCAGUGGAACGUGUCAUUGGCCUCAUCCGCGAAAUCUACGGUGACAAUAGCGGACGCAGCAUUCGGAAGGAAUCGUUUUAG